AUGGCGGCUGCACCUACUUACUCACGAGGCUUAUCCAAGCUCUGGGCCAAUUCAGCCCGACCGUUCACGCGACCUGGUCCAUCCAACUCGUAUCUACGCGUCUCCUGUGCAUGUUUCACCAAUAAUCACCAUCAAACACUUCGCAACGGCUUUUCUGAACUUACCGCCCGGUUCAAGCAGGCUCGAACAUACGCGACAACCGCUGCCAAACCCGCCCGCAAAUCCAGAGCAGCCUCCAGAAGCACUACAGGAACCAAAAGGGCAGGCCCCAAGAAACCUGCGGCCAAGAAGCAGGGAGUGAGGAAAUCAAAGAAGAAGGUUGCGACGAAGCCUAAAGCAAAGAAGCCCAGAGUCAAGAAAGCCCCAACCAAGACUGCUGUAGCCCAGAAAGCCCGAGCUGCUCGUGUGGAAUUGCGGAAUGCAGCACUCCUCGACAAACCCAAGCAGCUCCCCGCAACUGCGUACACAUUGCUCCUUGUAGCCGAGAGCAAAGGAUCCCAUGGCAGUAUAGCCGCCAGUGCUAACAGCGUUUCUACCAAGUAUCGGAAUCUAUCGCCAGAAGAGCGCGAACGUCUCAAUCACGAAGCGAACGCCAAUGCACAGAAAAAUGCGCAAGCAUACAAGAAAUGGGUUCAAAGCCAUACACCUCUUGAAAUCAAAAAGGCGAACAAUGCUCGCAAACAGCUCACCGCACAAGCAAAAGCCGCAGGCCAUAAGACCACUUACAGACAAAUCCAAGACGAUCGAUCUGUCAAACAACCUCGCAAUGCAUACUCAUACUUCUUCGGCGACCGUUACGCUUCUGGAGAUCUUCAAGGCCUUUCUGUCGGCGAAAGUGCCAAGCUGAUUGGCAAAGAAUGGGCUCAGCUUUCUGACAAUGCGAAGAAGCCAUAUAACAAUAAAGCCGCCGCCGACCGCGAACGAUACCUGGAAGAGCACAAGUCCGUUUAUGGCGUGGACUCUCCUGCCAUCAAGAAACCUGCGAAAGCAACAUAG